UGUGAAUCGUAGAAAUCGUCUGUGUAACUAACUUUGAACAAGUGACAAGGAAAUUUUGAAAACAAAUCACCAACAUGAUGAAAUACGUAAUUUUCGCAUUUGCUUUCGCCACCGUUGUCUUGAGCAGCCCCGUCCCUGAGCCAAAACCAUCAGGUGUAGUGGCCGCAGCUUACGCCGCCCCCGUAGUCGCGGCCGCCCCUGCGUUUGCACCUGCGGUCGUGACUGCAACAAGCUCGCAAGUGAUAGCAAGGAAUUACAACGGGCUCGCCGCCUACGCCGUAGCUCCUGUUGCUCCAGUUGUAGCUGCGCCCGCUGCUCCUGUCGUUGCUGCACCCGCUGGUCCUGUUAUCGCUGCCUACAGCGCCCCUUAUAUAUGGUAAUAAUUACCACGUUGACCAUCGCAUUGGAUUCAUGUUCUAAUGAAUGCUUACCUAAUAUCCGUGCAUGUUACUACUGUCUAUAUAGAUAAUGAACUGAAAAUAUGAUGAUGAAUUGUACAAAAAUAAAUGAAUUAGCAUAA